AUGUGGUCCUCCAUGAAAUCCACUUCCACAUGGGCUCUAGUAACCCUGUCUCUCCUUCCCGCUGUCCUCAGCUCGCCUUUAUUCGAGAAACGAGCAAAAGGUGCCUGGCUAGGUCUGAAUACCAAUUUCCCAGACCCCAGCUUCAUGAAAGCGGCCGACAACAAAUGGUACGCUUUCGGCACCAACGGUAACGGAAAGCGGGUCCAAGUCGCCGUCUCCGAUAACUUCAAAACAUGGACGCUUCUCGAUGUUGAAGCCCUCCCCACGUUGUCAACAUGGGAAACUGAGAAUGACCACUGGGCUCCAGAUGUUGUGAUGAGAGACGACGGAAAGUACGUUAUGUACUACUCCGGCGAAGCAAAAUCAUACCUUCGACACCACUGCGUCGGCACAGCCAUCGCAGACCACCCAGCAGGACCCUACGUACCCAGCAACACGCCCCUAUCCUGCCGACUCGAUCGGGGCGGGUCCAUCGACCCAGCCGGCUUCAAAGACAAAGACGGCAGCCGGUACGUCGUCUUCAAAGUCGACGGCAACAGCAUCGGCAACGGCGGCGACUGCAACAACGGCGUCGAGCCGCUUGUUUCAACGCCCAUCUUGCUGCAGAAGGUUGGCGCCGACGGCGUCACGCCUAUCGGAGAUGCGGUGCAGAUCCUCGAUCGUAAUACUGCUGACGGUGAUGGCCCCCUUGUUGAGGCGCCGAAUCUGAUACUCCAUGGUGAUACGUACUUUUUGUUUUACUCGACUCAUUGCUUUACCGACCCGCUUUAUGAUGUGCGCUAUGCUACCGCGAAGAGUAUUACUGGGCCUUAUACUAAGACUAAUGUUCCUUUGAUUAAUGCUGCUAAUACUGGGUUGAUCUCGCCUGGUGGGGGGAAUGUUUGUGGUUGUGGGGAUCGGAUGUUGUUCCAUGCAUUCUGUACGGAGGAGAGGACUAGCAGGUGUAUGUAUGUGGCUGAUGUGAUUAUUGAGGGGAAGACGGCAUCGAUUGCUUGA